UAUAUAUAGAUAAUGAAAAUCCUCACCUUUUUCCGCAACGACGAGACCAAAACUCAAAAACAGUUGGGGAGGGACACACAGUUUGUUCUUGUGUAGAUAUAUACAUGAAGUUUCUAUCGGGUUGGGUGUCAUGCUACGGCGGGGCAGCGAGCGGUAGAGAGGACGAGGUAGGGACUCGGAGGUGCCCGCCCGAGGAGGCCGGGCACUCAGUGAGUCGGAGGAAGCGGGGAGGAGGUGCAGGGAAGGGGGAGUGGAGGCCAUCGCUGUGCUCGAUAACGGAGGAUAGGGCUGUGCUGGCGGAGAGGGUCAGAAGUAGGGAGCGGAGGGCAGUGACGAAGUCUAGGCCGAUUCAGGCGGCUCAGAAGUCAGGCAGCGGGUCCCGAGGUCCAGUCCAUGUUCGUGGACACAGUGACGAUUAUGGCGGAGUUUCUGUCACGACGGCUAUCCCUACAUUUUCUCCAACGCCAUUCAUAUUCUAGCCUGCACGAGCUUACAUUCAUUAUGUCUGCUAUUUUGAGUUAAAAUCUGUACAGUUUUUUCUUUUUAUUGGUGUGUCAUUAUGAAUAAUCUUUAUAAUAUGUUUUUGUUUCUUAAAAGGAAUUCUUGAUGGAUUCGCCAGUUUUAGUCGAAGUUCGAUGGAAAAAACCGGUAUGAAAUGAAAAUUGUACCUAAAUUGAA